UGUCGAACGAUCCAUCAGUUGACAGAACUUGAAGCUGCCCCGCCCCAGCCUGCCAGCGUGGUGUUUCAGCUUUCAGGUCCAAACAUCAACUCUUUACCAAAACUCUUUUUCCUUUCUUUUUGUCCCCGUCGCCGUCGUUGAGGACGGUGUCUGUACACCCCAGCUCCAUUUUACAGCACUUCCCGGCACUAUCCGACGUAUUUCACAGAUCUCACGCUCUCCUUCUGACGUCCAUCUUUCUUUGGUUGACAAAAUAUUGCAAGACUUAAAGAUUCACAAUGGCUCAACCGCAAGGCGAUAUACAGGAGCGGAUCGCAGCAGCGCGUCGUGAAGCUGAGAUACUGAAAGAGAAGAUACGUGCUAGCCGAGAGGCUUCAGCUGACACAAGCUUGCGUACGAUGGCUGCAGACAUCGACACCCUCCCUCGUAUUGUGAUGCGGCCUCGGCGCGCAUUGAAGGGUCACCUUGCAAAGAUUUACGCCAUGCAUUGGUCAGCGGACCGACGACACCUUGUUUCAGCGUCACAAGACGGAAAACUUAUUGUCUGGGACGCCUAUACCACUAAUAAGGUUCACGCCAUCCCACUACGGUCCAGUUGGGUCAUGACGUGCGCUUACUCGCCUUCUGGGAAUUUCGUCGCUUGCGGUGGUCUCGACAACAUUUGCUCUAUAUACAAUCUGAACAGUAGAGACGCUAACGGUGCUAGAGGGGCGCGCGAGCUGAGCGCUCACUCCGGCUAUCUCAGCUGUUGCCGGUUCAUCAACGACAGGCAAAUCGUCACCAGCUCGGGCGACAUGACCUGUAUGUUGUGGGACAUCGAAGCUGGUGUAAGAGUCGUCGAAUUUAGCGACCAUACUGGCGAUGUCAUGAGUUUGUCUCUGGGACCAAACCAGAACGUAUUUGUCUCUGGCGCCUGCGAUGCCACUGCGAAAUUGUGGGAUAUUCGCAGCGGUCGGGCUACACAGACCUUCACCGGUCAUGAGUCUGACAUCAAUGCAGUCCAAUUCUUCCCAAACGGUGAUGCAUUUGCAACCGGCUCUGACGACGCCUCCUGCCGGCUAUUUGAUAUCCGUGCAGACAGGGAGCUAAACAGCUUUACACAUGACAACAUCCUUUGCGGUAUUACUUCAGUUGCCUUCUCAAUCUCGGGUCGCAUUCUCUUCGGAGGUUAUGAUGAUUGGACAUGCAAUGUGUGGGAUACCUUAAGAGGGGAGCGCGUAGGAGUUUUGACUGGACACGAGAACCGAGUGAGCUGUCUUGGUGUGUCCGCUGAUGGCAUGGCCCUUUGCACAGGCAGCUGGGACAGCACCCUUAGGGUAUGGGCAUGACCAAAAUUUGCCUGAUGACACUUGCAUUCUUCAUCUCUUUCAAUGUUUCCGCCCACUAUCUGUUCCCAUUAUCGUUGCCCUAUACCUACUCGUGACUGUUAUGUUGGUGCACCAACGCAGCGUUCGCCAUGCGUCAGUCCCUACAAUCCAUUGGAAAUCCGUUUAGUAUUUCUUGCGUGUCAGUACAUAUAUUGUCUCGCUAUCGGUCAUCUGCUGCUGCCCAGAUGUUAUUAUCCAAUUUUUCCCUCCCUUCCGGCCCCGUCGUAUAUAUCCCGUCG